UAUAUGGUAUGUGGAAGGACCACUGCGCGUUGGAGCAGUAUUCAGUCUGAUUCAUAAAAGCAUAAAACUCGAACAGUCAGCCUAUUUUCUUCUCGUUUCGUUGUACAUCUUGUUUAUGCCCGGAAAAUGAUAAUUUUCGACUGUUCACAAUCAGCUUUAUAUACUUUUGCGUCUUAAUUAAUCAUUAAAAGAAAAAAAAUAUUAGAAAACGGUAAAAUAUAUUCUUAAAAAUAAAUUCACUCUCUACUGUUAUUGUGAACAAAAGAAAAAAUAGGAUUUAAUUUUGAAAAAAAGUGAAUAACUUCAUCUCACGUACUAUGCCCAAAAAAACUACGCAAUGAAUCAUCUUUAAAUCUUUGGAUUUCCGUUUAGUGAGUGGUUUAUAGAGAAACAUGUAGAAACUGGUUAAUUUUGAGGUAUAAAAGUUUUUUUUUUUUUUCGUUUUUUGCUAGUAUUAUAAUUAGAUUUUUGUAGUUAUUUCAUGCUUAUUACAAUUCCCAAAUGUGAUUUUUACCGUUCAUUUCUACUUGUUGAUUCAUUCGGCUUAACUGAAUAUAAACUGAGAUCUGGAGCUGAAUAUUUCUAUUGUAAAGUCAACGAAUUUUAAAAUAUCGUCGCUGGUUUUUUAAAUCAAUUGAAAGUUUUAUAUAUGAAUUUGCACCCAAGAAAUAGAGUGAAUUGUUAUAAAUUUAUUAUUUCUAUUAGUAAUUUAUGAGUAAUUAUUAUCAAUCAAUUUUUUUAAGAGCUCAAAAAUAAACGAGUAUUUAACGCAAGGAAUGAAAAAAUAUUUAAUUAAAGAAUUCAGCUUCCGAGCAAACACAUGGAAAACCGGUUUAUGGUGUAUUAGUGGGUGUAUAAGAAUUUAUGUUUUUAGUUACAGAAAUGAAAAAUUUAGUGCUAGUCUGUUUGUGCUUAGAAAUCCUGAUAAUUGUCUAUUGUUAUGAAAAACAGAGUUGUGAAGAUAAGCUAAAUCAAAGUAACAAUUAUUUCACAAGAAAAAGUGACUGUGGUCCAGAGUUUAUGGGAUUAUGUAUUUGUUCGAAAAUAUGUUUUGAAGGAAAAUAUCGAUAUGUUGUCAAUUGCACUGAAACUAACUUUCAAAAUGCGAAAAUGUUACAAUUCCUUCCUGACGAGACUGAGGUGUUAAUUUUUACUGGAAAUAAUUUAACAUCACUUCCCUGGAACGUAUUUGGAACAAAUGGAAAUAAUUCUUUUUCAAAAUUAAAAAUAAUUAACAUGUCAAAAAAUAAAAUACGUGAAAUAAAAGGAAAGACUUAUCAUCAUGUUAAAAAUGUUGAACGUCUUAUACUAGAUUUCAAUGAGUUAUCAGUGGAUUCAGAAAAUGAUCACCCCAGAAUAUUCUCAAAUUUUGAAUCCCUACUGGAAUUACACUUAACAGAUGCAUUUGAAAAUAGUUCACCAAGAAAUUUGGCUGAGACACUUCACAAUGUUUUUUACAACAGUAAUUUAACACAAUUAAUUAAACUACAUAUUGAACAAAAUGAAAUAUCUGAAUUCCAAGAUCUAAAUGUAUUUUGUGAUUUACCAAGUUUAUCAGAUCUUCACCUUGGUGAUAAUUUAUUAACUGAAUUGCAUUUCAACUUAUCUUGCGUUCAUAAACUUAGAUUUUUGGAUUUACAAAGAAAUAAAUUCACAAAAGUUUUGGAAAAAGAUCUAAAAACACUCAAUGAUUUGACGAAACACAAUCGAACUGUAACGAUUGAUUUUUCAGGCAAUCCCCUCGAGUGUUCAUGUCAUUUAAAUCCUUUUAUUGAGUGGAUUAACAAGACUAAAAUACUCGUUCGUAAUAAAAAUGAUUUGAGAUGUGAGCAAUAUAAAGAAAAAGUAGCACUGUACACGAUCGAAAAUUGUGUGAAAGUUGAUUCAGCAUACAGGGUACCGACAGGAACUACGGCGAUAAUGAUAUUAUCUCUCAUUAUUGCAACUCUUAUUUGCGCAUUUCUUUACGUUCAACGGGAGCAAAUAAAAAAAAAAGUUACACCUGUAAUAGUUUCAGUUAAUAAACGUGUACGUUACACGUCAAUUGAAACAGUAGAUAAUUGUGAAAAUAAUGUUUAAAAGUUUUUUUAUUCUAAUAAAAGUAAUAUACAAUGAU